AUGCUCACCUUUCUAGGCAUUGCCAGGCCCAAAACAACAUAUCACAUAUACAUACAUCCCACUUUAAUCGCGCGUUUUGAUCAAAUCCAAUCGGCACUGGGUAAAGCUACAACCAACAUUAUUGAGAGAUGGUUCUCGGACAAAGAGGCGGACUUUCCGUCAAGGAUGCCAUUAGAAAAACACGAGGAGGACGUACUCAGGUGGAUCGCCUCGUCGGACAUUGUGCCAAAAUAUGCUGGAAGAGAAGGAUGUUCGCGCCCAGACUUUCUGUUCUCCGCCACCUCUCAAAACGCAUGUCAACCCAUUAUCUGCGAGAUCAAUGCUCGUUUCCCGUAUAACUCUUGGUUUUUUGUCGAGGCUGCGACAGAGCCAUUCGAGAGGGCUGGUCUUCGAAAUAGUGGGCUAAAAACAGGCCAUGAUUCCGCGGCUUUUGGCGAUGCCGUCGUGAAUCUCUUUGACUCAUCUCAUCCCGGCCACAUCCUGCUAGGGAAGCAGUGGAUAGGAUUUGACGUCCAUUUGCUUCCGGACAAGUUCCAACAGAGGACGGGGCAUGAGAUGCGUAUAAUCUCACCAUCUGAUUUAAGGCUUACAGAAGAUUCGGAAUCUCCAACAGGCUACCACCUUUCGUGCAUCCUCAAGGAUAGCGAGGAGCUGGAGCGAGUGUGGCAGAUUAGCUUAGAUAUGGUCCAGGCCGAGAUUCAAGAAUUUUCUUCGGAGGUGUUGCGUGAGAUUGCUCGCAUCUGCACCAAUGAUCUACGGUCUGUCUUCCUGCUUCACGACAAGCGCUUCUUAGGGAUUGUGCUUGAAGAAGUCGACAGUUUGGUGGAGCAAGGAGUAGUGGAUUCCGUGGAAGCUCAGUUGCUAAGGGAAAGCAUUGCGCCUACUUAUGUUCCAGGUUCAGCUAGCUGGAAAGAAGCGAUUUCUUCACCAAAUGCCAAGGAAGGACUGGUGCUGAAAGAUGCUCGUGGGGGAAUUGGGAGGGGCCACGUCUUUGGACAUAACGUGACCCAAGGGGAAUGGGACGAAUGUCUUCGGGCGGUUGGCAAUGGCAAGCUUGUUGACGGUAAGGGACUCGUUCUUCAAAGAAAGGUUGAUCAAGUCUCCUUUGACAUUUUAAACCCGGCCGGAGACUCCUUCCAGAGCCGUUAUCUUAUUGGCGCAUGGGCAGCCGUAAAUGGAAAAUAUCUCGGCUUGACUUCUAUGAGGCUCGGUAACGAUUUGGGGUGCGUGCCACCACCAGACGGCGGCAUGGCCAUUCUUUCUGUUACAUCUGCCUCAUAG